AUGUGGAUUUGGCAUGCUAUUUUUGGUUCUCCUGGUUCGAUUAACGACAUCAACAUUUUUAAUCGUUCACAAAUAUUUAACAACAUAUACGAUGGAUCCGCACCAAAUUCUUCUUUUCAAGUGCGUGGAACGCCAUAUAAGUAUGGUUAUUAUCUGGUCGAUGGAAUCUAUCCUGAGUAUGAUGUGUUUGUUAAAUCGUUUACAACUCCACAUGGUCGAAUGCAAGUCUAUAAGAUAGUGAGCGAAGGAUUGAAGGAUGAAGCUCCUGUAGAACUAGCGAAUUUGGACAAUAAACCACCAGAUACACUAAUGAUGGAGGAGAUGCAGGUUCAGAUGGAGAAAAUGGAAGAGGAUUUGCAUAUUAUAAGGGUAGAUGAUGAAGAUUCCACAUUAUAUGCCAAGGAUUUGGAUCCUUGUAAAGAUGAAUCUGCAGAAGGUAGUGAAAAAUCAUCUCCUACUAAAACUGAUGUGAAGAUCUUCAUUUGA